AUGGCCCAAUGCUUCUCACUACUCUCCUUGCUGUUGCUCUUUAUCCUGACACGUUGGGUGUUAACUUCUGUUUCAGCACGUCGACACUGGUGGCCACCACACGGACCUGUUAAGGUGAAAUGUCCGUAUCAGAAAGUAGACUUGAGUUGGUUCAAGGCAACAGUGAACCCCUGCCCUGGCUUGCAACAACCCAUCUGUGGAACUAAUUUUGUGACCUAUGAAAAUCCAUGCAUCUUGUGUGUUGAGAGCUUGAAAUCUAACGGAAGGAUUAAGUUCUACCAUGAUGGAAGAUGCUAG